AUUUUAUCGCCUACAUGAACACAUCUUAUGGAAUUGAUAGCCAGCCCGUGGUUAUUUCAAGUUUAUUGUAAUUUUAUCGGAAAUAUUACCAUUAUUUUAGUGUCUUACGUGUAAAUGUGAUGUGAGAAAGCGUACAUAGAGUUGCUAUAAUGUCCAAUAGCUCACUCGAGGAGAGGGUGAAAGGUUUACAAGAACGCAAUAGAAAUGGGGGUGCCUUCCACAGUCCAGUUGGACUUGGGGCUCCCAGACUUGGCAGUGGAAGGAAGCCAAGACCACUUAUGAUCAACAGUGAUAUGUCAGGGUUCCCCUCGAGAUCCCCUCAUGCUGCAGAACAAGAGAGAAGGUUUCGGGAAGUCUACAAGGUCAGUGGCAAGCUCAAUGUGGGCGGGGUGGAGUACCGCUCGCACAUCGACGACCUGCAGCUGCUGGGAGACCUCGGCUCUGGCACCUGCGGCCAGGUCGUCAAGAUGCUGCACAAGCCCUCUGGAGCUGUCAUUGCUGUCAAGCAAAUGCGUCGGUCCGGCAACUCCGAAGAGACCAAGCGCAUCCUCAUGGACCUCGACGUGGUGGUCUGUUCCCACGACUGCCCCUACAUCGUGCGGUGUUUCGGCUGCUUCGUCACCGAGGCCGAUGUCUGGAUCUGCAUGGAGCUCAUGGCUUCGUGCUUCGAUAAGUUGUUGAAGAGGCUCGGAGCGCCCAUCCCGGAGGCCAUAUUGGGGAAGGUUACUGUUGCUACGGUGAACGCCCUAUCCUACCUCAAAGACAUGCACGGCGUGAUCCACCGCGACGUAAAGCCGUCAAACAUCCUGUUGGACGAGCGCGGGAACGUCAAGCUGUGCGACUUCGGCAUCAGCGGCCGUCUGGUGGACUCCAAGGCCAAGACUAGAGGCGCCGGGUGUGCGGCGUAUAUGGCUCCGGAGCGCAUAGAGCCGCCGGACCCUACAAAACCAGUAUACGACAUCCGCGCGGACGUGUGGUCGCUGGGCAUCUCGCUGGUGGAGCUGGCCACGGCCGUGCUGCCCUACAAGAACUGCACCAACGACUUCGAGGUGCUCACCAGGGUAUUAAAAGAGGACCCACCUCGGUUACCAGAAGACAGAAAUUUCACCCCCGAGUUCAAAUCAUUUGUAUCACAGUGCCUGACAAAAGACGUGGAACACCGGCCCAAGUACGCUCAACUCCUCGCUCACCCAUUCGUCGUAAAGUCAGCCCUAAGUCGAGUGUCAGUCGGCGACUGGUACGCGUCGCUACCGCUCAGCCACGGCACGCCAACCAAGGCUGCGUAUGUACCGAGGAUGGGCGCGCACAGUGGGAGUGGAGCCAGCAAUGGAUCGGACACGUCGCCGGUGUAUGUGACUAGUGCGCAGCGGUGGAUAGAUCAAGUUACGCCGCAGCCGCAGAGAGCGGUGUGGGCGACGAACAUGAAUGCCUCCCACUUAGGCGGCGGCAGCUCGCAGCCGCGCAGCCUCGAGGCGGACCUGGCGCCGCCCUCGCCCUCGCCGCCUAGAAGAACGCUGGAGUGCGCGUCGCCGCCGCCGCCGCCCGUGCGCCGCGUGUCCAUGGAGACCCGGUGGCGCCCCUCGCCUGUCACGUCCGGCAACACAUCCCCAAUCGUCCUACAGCGGUUCUACCAUCAGAAGCAGCAAGUCACGAGACGCUCGCGCGUGGACCAGCACGCCACGCCGCGACACCGCAGUCUAAGCCGGGAACAUAGCACAGGCCGCUCGCCCGAGCCGCCGCCGCGGCUCAACCGACAACACCACAUGUUGGGGCAUGAGGCGAACGGCAGCGCAGACUGCGACCAGCCUCCACCACUACACGAGCGGCUCCACGCGCACCCGCCCUCGCCGCUGCUGCUCAGCCACAGGCUAGAAGCGCGGCUUGGCUCCGAAGGCCGCAGCCAGAGCCUGACCAGGGCUGAACUACGCAACGGCUACCGAGCCGAGUUGCCCGCGCCCGCGCCGCCGCCCGCGCGGCAUCGCCACGACGAGCCCAGCUGGCUGCACUCGCUGGCGGGGCUGGUCAAGCGCCGGCUCAGCGGGUACGUCAAGUGGCAACAUGUUGCAGGGUCCCCGCAGCACAGGACUGCGCACAGGUGCGUUCACCCCACGUUUACGUUACUGGUCAGCCGCUGGAACGCCGAGUCAGUCUCCAUGCCCGCCUCGCCCCUCCCCCCGCGCGCACCCCCGCCGCGCCCCGCCGACUAGCGCCGCCCCCGCGUGACCUCGUCUCUGGCCGUCUAUCUACAUAGCUACCAUCAUAGGAGGUUGAUAAGCUACUAUGCUGACAGGAUUGGUGACCUACAAGCUAGUGAAUAGGGUGACAAUGGUUUUGAGAUGUAAGCUAGAGUUAUAACGUCUACACGCCUACUCGUACUAUCAUAAGAGGUUAAUAGCCUAUGGUGACAGGAUUGGUGACCUACAAGCUAGUGAAUAGGGGUGGCCAUGUUGUAAGCUAGAAUUAGGACGUCUGUGCCUCUAAUAUCAUAAGAGGUUUCUGGCGUAAUACGUUGCUAGGAUUCAAAACCUUGAUGCCGGUGGAUAGCGGUGGAAAUGCUUUGGAACUGUAAGCUAAAGUUAGAACGUUUGCGCAUCUAUUUAAUAUCAUAAGCGACUGCUGGCCUCCUACGUUGAUAGGAUUCUCGAUCUUGAAGCUAGGGGAUAGGGGUAGAAUUGCUUUGAAGCUUUAAGGUACAAGGUUUUGCCUACAUACGUACCACCACAAGCGACUGCCAACAGGAUUGGCGACCUUGAAGCUAGUGGAUAGGGGUUGAAAUGCUUUGGAGUUGCAAGGUAGCUAGGACGUUACAUUUGAAGUUGCAUGUUUGUUGCGCGGUUUUAGACCUUGACACGAGUGGGUUAAAGUUCAAAUUCCAUGCUCGUUUUAUAUCCUCUGUGGAGGCGGUUGUCGACUCGAGAUUUUUGUAAGCUAAUAGCAAUUAACGUCGGAAAAUAUACCUAAGUGGCUUGUAGGUGACAAACCAUGCAUAGUCUAACGCGUGUGAUAGCCUGAAUGUAUUGCUUUAGGGUCUAAGGAGCUCAAGAAAAAAACAGAAUUUAGCAAGUUAGAACCCAUUUAUGGUCACCCUAUGGUACUUAGCCUUUAUGCUAAGGAAGUAAUUAUGGACCUUAAAUUAAUCGGAUUAAGUGGAGACUUGCUUGCGCGUGAUUAGAGUUGUAACUUUUUUUAUGGUGGGUGCGAUGUGUUGUAGGAGUAGGUAGUAAUUAUUAAAUGCUAAUACAUAAUUAGUAACAGAAUGAUCUUAACUUAAACAAUCAUUAUAAUACGGUCAAACCAUACUAUAAAGCCGGAGCGUCUCUCUCACAUAAAGCUGCGUACAGACCGGCCCAACGAACGCCCAACGAACGUCCAACGAUGGAUAUUUAUCAUACAUAAUACAGGGCAGAUUGCAGUAACGCAGGUCAACGAAACCCGUUCGUUGGCGUUCGUUUGGCCGGUCUGUACGCAGCUUAAGACAUGGAGGGUUAUUCCAUCCAUGGCACGAGUUCGCUCACAUCAGGGUACCUUACUGUUAAACCUACUGUCCUCAUGUCACCAACAUACAUUUAGGGCUGAUUUUUCAAUGGUCAGAUAAGUGUUAUCUGAAGAAUAAAAUUGUUGCUGCUACUGUCUAAUACAAACAUUCAGAUAUGACAAAUCAGCCCUUAGAAAAAGAUACUUCGUAAAGAUUGAAUAGAUAUUUGUAAGAGUUCAUGCUUUAUAAAGUGAGCGCUUCGCUAGUCUAGGUUAAUCAAAUGUAAUGUAAACAAUGUAAACACAACACCCAAGUUGUAUGGUAUCUAAAGGUAAGCGUCCACCUAUCGGUAUCUUGCGUAUCGGACCAAACGGAUUUUCAUAAAUGUAUGGAGAAACGACGUCGGCUAUGCCGAUGAGGUGGUCGCACUUGUGUGAGCUUCUAUAAGUACAAAGAAUACUGAAUGCGAUGCGACCGUUGCCGAGAGGUGAACUUACCAUUAUAUGACACCCGAAAUGAGUCAUUCGCGUUUUUAAGUUUCAUCGAAUACGUAUAUGCAGCAGUAGGUGUAUGAAGAAAGUUAUUUUUGUUAUCGAUGCUUCAUCCUAGAAAGCAGUUACCUACCAUAAACAUAUUUUAAAAUUUAUAUUCAUUGCCCGUCAAUCGUCAGACUAAGGUGAACAUAUUAUCUAUAAUUUAAUAUUAACACAAACGUAUUAAGUAUAUAAGAAUUAUAGUGCAAAAAUGUACAUAGUCUCUGUACCAUAUAAUUAAACUAUUGUUAAUGCAGCAUAUUAUACUUAAAUCGCAUAUGUGUUUUGUGUAUAAAUGAAAUUAGUUUUGUUAGGUAUAAGUGCAGAUAAAUUAUUUAACUUCAAUUUAAAGUAACUUAUAAGUCGCUUUACGCGUGGUUUUUUCAUCUCAUACUUUUUAACUUUGCUGGCUGGAAUAGUUAUAGGAAUUUAUAGAAAACACUAGAACAAAACAAGGUCAUAUUGUAAACCUGAAUAUUUCUGUACUUUGUAAUGUAAUGGUACAGUCUGGGUCACAUAAAACCGACUUCUCAGAGUGGCAAUGCUACCUGAGUGAGGUCAGGUGUUACCCAUAAUAUGCUAUACAUUGAUAAUUAAGGUCCACACCCUACAAACGGUUCAGCCACCAAAGUUAAAAAAAUAUGUAAGUAUUUCUUUAUUUUCACAAUACAAUCUCAAUAUUCUAAAAUAUAUAUGGCACAAAUAUUAAAAUUUCGACUGACUUUGAAUUUAAAGGCACUGUAAAUAGUAGGUGCAAUAAAAAAAACAAAUGCACUGAGAGCCAAAAUAAAGUAUUACGUAUUAAGUAGAACUGUGACUGCGAAUAAUGAUAUACGGCCUGCUAGAAUAUUUCGUGAGAGUGAUAUUAAUGUUGUAGUAUUCUCCACUACAGUUGUCGAAAUAUAAUAGGCCCGUUUGGGCAGCUACACAAAUUUGCUAUUUACUCUCGAUUUACUUGAUGAAAUACAUAAAGACACAUAAUCUGGCUUAUUAUUUAACGGCCGAAAGAAAAAAGAACUUAUGGCAUCAAAAGUUACGUACUGUGCUACCAUAAAAAAACUUUAAACACUGUUUAACAUGUGUUUAAAACGAAAAUUUACAGAUUUUGUAGGCGUUUGACAGCGGUAAACACCGGUUUUUGUGGUAAGUCCCUUAUUGCUUAGAUUUUAAAUGAUUUAGGUUUGACACCAGAGCUGUCAUUCCAUACAUUUUGGAGCUGUCUAAACGGGCCCCUUAUAUUUCGACGACUGUAAACAUUAUUUUUCACCAGAAAGAAGAUAUUUUCUUAUGACAGGAGUACAUAAUUUUACCAUCCAAACCACAAUCUCCAAUGCAACUGCAAUGCCUUAAACUUCAGGUAUUUUGGCAUAAUAUUUGUGUUUUUUUAACUUCUGGAAUUUUAUAUUUUGACAUUGAAAUAAUUAUUAUAGUAUUAAAUUUACAGUGUGUACUAUUGCAGAACUAUAAGACGAGAAAUAAUAGUAGCCGAAUUGAACAGAUUGUUAUAGUUAAAAACUGUAUUAUCUUAAACAAAUAAGUUUAUAAAGUCAGUAGGUAGGUAUUAUAUUUCUGUAACUGAAUCUUCUUAGGAUAAAAUAUAAUGUUUCAAACGAAAGGGAAUGAACAAUGAUUGUCCUGUGAAAUUCGGUCAUUCGUUUUUCCUUCGACUUAAAAUACUAAGCUUUUAAUUAGAAGCAAAAUAACGAAAAAGGGUUUCUGAUAAUUAUGUGUUCGGAUAUAUGUAACAUGUAGAUUAUUAUCCUUUGAAGAUUCAGCACAAGAAUUAUAAAUUUCUGUAAUAAUAUUAUACAUACAGUAGGGUUUAAACAAAUGCUUAUGAAAUUAGCUCUAGGAAACAUGUACAUACAAUAUACAAUACAGUGAAAUGUAUUUUUUCUGUUUGACCAAAUAAGUAGUUUUUUUAUACGAAAUGUAAACACGCUUACUGGACAUUUGACCUUAAAUGUAGUCACAUCGUAGGUAAUAUUUAGUUCCACCUGUAUUUCGUGCUUAAUGGCAUUUUUCCAAAUUAUUUUGUGUGUUACAAAUUUCUAAUAAUUACCUACAGUGAGUGACCUAUCAUCAUCUUGAAUGUAUUUUGAGUCUAACGAAAUAAAGAUUAAUUAAGAACAGUCAAAAGUGUCUACUCUGGGUCAGUCCCACACUGUACAAAUACCUGGAAACUUAUUUAAUAUUCUUUUAUAGCAAAUUAUUACGUAUGCCAAAUAAAAUGAGAAAAAUGUACAAUUACUUUACUGAUGACAUUAUUAAAUCUGUUUCAGAUAUUGAUUUUAUAGUUUAAAUGAAUAUAAAUAAAUCAUUUACAUACAUA